AUGCACGUUGUUUUCGGACGCAUGGUGCUGGAAACUUCCUAUGAUAGCAUGUUCCAGGCCCUUGGAAAUGAAAUUGAUGAUUUGUCUUGGGUUCUGCUCACUGAGUUUUUGAAUCAACCUACAUCCACCUCCGUUCUUUUGGCUCUAUUUGAAUACGAUUUCUACACCUUCCUAUCAGAAUCCUUGCACUCAGUGAUGGCAUUUGGAGGACAUUUUGAUCUAGGUGCACGUCUGAGUGCUGUAUGGGGUAUCAAGCGCAUGUCAGUGCUCUUUGCAAUUAUAUUUGGGAAUGAUGCACUCCAAGCCCACCAGGACCAGGCAUCGACACGAAAGCCUGAUGUCAUAUUCUUUCCUUACAGAAUGUCUUCCUGGACGAUAAAGGACCGUGGAAAGCACAGGCUCACUGACGCAACAGAACUGUUCAAAACACAACUUCUUCGCAUAGAUGUGCUAGCUUCACUCAAGUUCAAGAGACGGGCGACGGGUUUUUUACUGUCUCCUUAUACAGUGAAAUACUAUUCUUACCAAGCUCAGCGGGUAGAGCCUCCCGUGUCUGACAACUCCGCAGCUGCGGUUUCAGACCCUUCACAGACAUAUGCCUGGCUUAAUAUGAAAUUCAGAUGA